AUGAGACAAGAUUUGAGCGAAUGUGAUAAAGGAGAGAUGUGGGUAGGUAGUAGUGGUAGUAGUGGUAGUAGUGGUAGUAGUGGUAGUAGUGGUAGUAGUGGUAGUAGUGGUAGUAGUGGUAGUAGUAGUGGUAGUAGUGGUAGUAGUAGUGGUAUAGUUGAUUCAUGA